AUGCCAGAAGAUCGGAGAUUUCUCAAGAGUCCACAGGCAAUAUUAUAUAGCGAUCCAGAUUCUCAGUUUAAAAAUCUUGUAGAGGAUUGUACCAGUGCAGACUUUUUCGGUAGUUUUACGUUGAAACUACCGACUGGAGAAAAUUGUGAACUGUUAGGUGUGGAUACACAUUGUGAAAAUCGCUUUGGAAAAACUACCAAAACUGAAGAUUUUGACGCACUGAUCAAGGACCAGAAAUCGGGUAACACCGAGAGGAGUACAAAGUGGGCCACCUCUGUAUUUGAGCUUGGAGAUCCUUUUGUGGUAGAAGCAAGAAAGCAGGAUGGUUCCCCCUACCCACCUGGAUCGCUAUAUAAUAUUGCCUGUGGACUCUUGAGAAAUCUCCGAUCUUCUGGCAUCUAUGAUAAAAACUUCUUGGAUGAGACGAAUGCCGAUACGCGAGGUUCCGCGAGUACUAGAUGCUCAGAUGAAAAAGCUGACAAAGGAUGGGUUAGGUAUUGGUCAGAGGAGGCAAAACCAGUCAAUGAAGAAGAUGAAAAGAUUUUGUGGUCUAAAGGUGUAUUUGGGAACAGUUCAUCUGUUGCUCUUCAGCAUACCAUGUAUUUCUAUAACUGUUUAGAAGGUAGAUACACAAACCAUAGUGGUAAGAAAACGUGUGCCACAACACUCUACCAAGGAGGAAUUCCCGAGGAAGAGAUUAUGAACGACUGGCCACAGAUCCACUACCGGGGUUAG